AAUAGUCAGCUGGAACCAAUGCAGACAGAGCACCAAAAAAACAUUCAGUCUCUUCAGACUGCCGUGGACUCCCUGCUGAAGGAGAAAGAGGAGCUCGUUCUGGCACUUCAGUCUGCAAAAAAAGACAACAAUCAGGCAAAGGUGAGUGAACAGCGCAGGAAGAGGCUGCUGGAGCUUGAGGGCCAACUUGUCGAAAUGAAGAAGAAGCUGUCGGAACAGUCCAGACUUCUGAAACUCAGAGAGUCCUCUGUGCAAAACAUGAACAAGCUGACGCAGGAGAUUCAGAGCUCCGGUCAGAGAGAAGGGCACGAAGAGAAUAAGAGCGGCAGAGACGUCAACUAG